GGAAUGCUAGGAAUUUCCAGAACUGUUGUGUCCUAGUGAAGCACAGUUCAGUGUUUUAACUGCAUUAUGCCAUGUCUACCAUUACCUCUCUCCAUUUAAACUAAUCUGGCACUUCUCAGCGCUGCCCUGCAGCAAGCCUUCUCCCUUUAGUGUGAGCACAGCUCAAGUCAAUGGAGAACAGUUUUCUGUACUGCAUCUUGAAGAGCAAACUUCUAACUCCCAUCCAGAAUCAUUUCUAAGCCAUCUUCCUAUUGCAUGAGUCACACAUACUGUGCUCUCUCUUUGGGAUUUUAUAUUUGUUCUUUUCUGUCUUUGUUGUUCCCAUUAGUCUAAAGUAAAAGUCAUUCAGGCUGAAAGGACAUAUUUGUUCUCUGUUAAUGAAAAACCGAAACAUUGCUCUGCAAAGAAUUAAAUCAACCAGCUUGUGCUGAAUCCCAAGCAGGAAACUGUUCUCAUCCGCGCUGGAAACAAUGCUUACAGCAUACUGCUAAAGAACUCUUACAAAUCUGAACAAAAUCACCAGUAUAAAUAGUUAAGAGAAUAAUGAGCAAUGACUAGGAGGAACCUCACUGCAAAUAUAUAUUGCAAAAACCAAACCAAAAUAGGUAGUGUUUUCAAACAACAGAAUCAGUUCCGUUCCCUUCAUUUGUAUUAUUACUAUUGUGUGUUUCAGACUCAGAUUAGUCCCAAGGAAGGGUGGCAAGUUUAUAGUUCAGCCCAGGAUCCUGAUGGCCGCUGCAUUUGUACAGUUGUUGCACCUGAACAAAACCUGUGUUCAAGAGAUGCUAAGAGCAGGCAACUUAGACAGCUGCUAGAGAAGGAGUUGAAAGAAAAGAUGGAUGAGCUCCUGCCACUGAUCCCAGUUCUGGAGCAAUACAAAACUGAUGCCAAAUUAAUCACCCAGUUCAAGGAGGAAAUUAGGAAUCUGUCUACUGUCCUCACUGGUAUUCAGGAAGAAAUUGGUGCUUAUGACUAUGACGAACUACAUCAGAGGGUGCUCAGUUUAGAAACAAGGCUUCGAGACUGCAUGAAAAAGCUCACGUGUGGCAAAUUGAUGAAAAUUACAGGCCCCAUUACAGUCAAGAUAUCUGGAACCCGAUUUGGAGCCUGGAUGACAGAUCCAUUGGCAUCAGAGAAAAAUAACCGAGUCUGGUACAUGGAUAGUUACACUAAUAAUAAAAUUGUCCGUGAAUAUAAAUCAAUUGCAGACUUUGUCAGUGGGGCUGAAUCAAGGACAUACAACCUUCCAUUCAAAUGGGCAGGAACCAACCACGUUGUCUACAAUGGCUCCCUGUAUUUCAACAAGUACCAGAGCAACAUCAUCAUCAAAUACAGCUUUGAUACUGGGCGGGUGCUUGCACAGCGUAGCCUUGAAUACGCUGGCUUUCACAAUGUCUAUCCCUACACCUGGGGUGGCUUUUCUGAUAUUGACCUGAUGGCAGAUGAAAUUGGGCUCUGGGCUGUGUAUGCCACCAACCAGAAUGCAGGCAACAUCGUUAUCAGCCAGCUAAACCAGGACACGCUAGAGGUGUUGAAGAGCUGGAGUACAGGCUACCCCAAAAGAAGUGCUGGAGAAUCCUUCAUGAUCUGUGGCACCUUGUAUGUUACUAACUCUCACUUAACAGGAGCCAAGGUCUACUACUCUUAUUCCACCAAAACCUCCACUUAUGAGUAUACAGACAUUCCUUUCCAUAAUCAGUAUUUUCAUAUAUCCAUGCUUGACUACAAUGCAAGAGAUAGAGCUCUCUAUGCUUGGAAUAACGGACACCAAGUCCUGUUUAAUGUCACUCUUUUCCACGUCAUUAAGACUGAUGACGACACAUAAUUCUCUUUCAUUUUUCUUUCCCUCAUCCUCCCCCAUCUCAAAACAGCCUCAUUUGUGAAAAAUUCUAAAACAUCCAUUUCUCCUAAUUCCGUGUAUUUUUCAUUUCUUUUCUCCAUUAAGAAAAAGUGACAUUUUCUACCAUGCAAUGCAUUUCUAAUAUGGCUGUACCUGUCAAAAACAACUUGUUGGAAAUAGAAGCAUCAUAACUCAUGAUUCCACAAGGUACUGACAGACACUGUUGUGAAAAACACUACAGAAGUGGCUAAGGACAGUUUAAAAGACAUUGAUCUGCCUUAUUUUAGAGUCAGAGACUAAUGGUGGCUUAAAUGCAUGAAUGUCUUUUUUUUUUUACCUCAUUUUUGUUUUCGAUCUCUUGUUAAGCUCCGGGAAAUAUUUUGGUAAUGUAAGACAUAUUGCACAUUGUAUUUUUUAUUUAUUCUAGAAGAAAGAUUUAAGAAUUUAAUUUUACUUGGACACCAAGUACAACUCAUUUUGCCAUUACCCAAUUCCAGAUGUGGUGCUGUACAAUAUGUUUUUAAAUCUCUUGCAAACAUUUUAUCAACAGUAUGUAUUUCUACCAUUGUAACCACCAUUGUGCAAUUGUAUCUCUUCACUUAUGUGAAAGUAAACUAAGUACUAUUUUUUAUAAAAUAUAUUGAAGCUUAAUUGCAGUUCUGGCUAUGGGUCAGUUGACACUGGCAACUCAGAGAAGGUUGUUAUUUGUUAGAAAAGAUGGUUCAGUAGUUUUUUAGGUGCAUGAUCCCCAUUCUCAGCUUUGCUUGGAACACCCCUUCUUACUCACCAUUGGUGCUUACUCAAAAAUUUGCAAUUUUGAAGCCUCAUGCCAAUCCUUGUAAAACGUUGGCCUUGACACUGGGUCUGUUUUCCAGCAAGGGCAAAUAAUAUGGCAGCUCUUUGGCUUGCUACAAUAUCUCAUUAGAAACUGGACAGUAGAGGUAAUAUCUUGAGGAAAAAAGUGUCGUAAGCCUCAUUCUAUCUCAUUUGAAACU